AUGGAUUCAGUCAUCAAGGAAGCCAGAGCCCAGAGCGUUUGCAGUGUCCAAAACCCCCGGCUCCUCGAUGACGUGAGCUUCCAUCCGUGCAUCCGGUUCAAGCGCUGGGAGUCCGAAAGAGUUCUCUCCUUCAUCCCCCCAGAUGGAAACUUCAGGUUGAUUUCCUAUCGGGUCAGUUCGCAAAACUUGGUGGCCAUUCCUGUGUACGUGAAGCACUCCAUCACUUUCAAAGAGAACUCCUCUUGCGGAAGGUUUGAUGUUACGAUUGGACCUAAACAGAACAUGGGCAAGACGGUGGAAGGAGUGAUCAUGACGGUCCACAUGCCCAAACCGGUGCUCAAUAUGAGCCUUGCAGCCUCCCAGGGCAGCUACAUGUUUGAUCCUGUCACGAAGGUGUUAACGUGGGACGUUGGCAAGAUCACCCUUCAGAAGUUGCCCAGCCUUAAAGGGACUGUGAAUUUGCAAUCCGGAGCCCCCAAACCAGAAGAGAAUCCCAGCCUGAACGUUCAGUUCAAGAUUCAGCAGCUGGCAAUUUCAGGACUGAAAGUCAACCGCCUUGACAUGUACGGAGAGAAGUACAAACCGUUUAAGGGCGUGAAAUAUAUCACAAAAGCGGGGAAAUUCCAAGUCCGAACAUGAGGCAGAAGAUCCCUGCUUUCCUGGCCGAAAAUUGAGUGUGGGUUUGAUUUGUGGAAGGUUUCUUUUUUUUUUCCAGUGUCAAGGAGCAAAUAUGAUUAUGUAGCAAUACACUCUUAGAUGCCCGUCGAAUAAGGUCUCUGAUUCAGUCAUUCCUGUCCACGCCAGCCCCCUCCAAUUAAAUGGUAGUUUAGGACGUCUCGGUCUAUGGCUUUGAACUAGAGUUGCACGUUCCCUUUCGGUGGAUCCUCGGGGCUCACAAAAGCGCCACAGCGCCCACCCAGGACUGUCUGCUGAACCAGCUAGGACUGUACACUGCCAGACGACAUACCAAAGCACAAGACAGGUGCAGAACAUUGUGGCCAAUCCUGCUUUGGACACGACGAAGACGCGAGAGCCUGCAGCCUGCGAGAAGUUGGCCCUCAGUGCACCUUGAUGGGCGGAGGAGGCUCCCUGCCCUGUUUACAAUAUGCUGCCUUUUAAGCCAAAGUGUCGGCCUUAUCUGCUUUCCUCUGGUGUGUUCUGCAGACGAUGGGAGCAGCGCUCAUUUUUUCUGACUACUUGCUUUUUCUUGGCAGGUGCAAAAUGUAUUGAAGCCUGCUUGGAUUUUACAGGUACCCCAACGUUAAAAGUGUCUCUUCUCAGACCCACCAUUGUUUGUUUGUGCCAUGGAUACCUCAAGAGUAACUCACACUGGGCUGCACAGGUCAUUGAAAAGGUUGUGGUACUGAUUUGUAAUGAAAUAAAAGGGAACUCUGCUAGAA